GAACGCGACGCCAACGACGACGUCAAAUCUCAGGGCGCGCGCGAAUCGAGCCCAAAGCUCGUGCCGUACAACGUGCGCGUCGCCACCCCCCCUCCGGUGGAUUUAGGACUGCACAAGCUGCCGAAGAACAUCGCGUGCGGCGAGACGAUCGAAGUGCCCACGAACGCGGACGGCGACGAGAGCGCCAACGGAUGGUUCAUCGUCAAUCGCGUGACGACGAUGUAUAAUCUCGUGCGCGGGCGAUAUCGCAAGGACGGCAGUCGAUUGGACGUGCAAAAGGCUGAGCGGUAUUUCAUCAACGCGUCGCUCGAGCGUCUGUACUCCAAG